AUGGAUGCGACGCAGGCAGAGCAUGCGCGGCAAGUCCGCGAAGCCACCCUGGCCCAGAUCACCGCCUUGGUCGAGUCUGACAUCAAGGCAUUGCGGCAGCGGACCCCAGACCAUGUGCUCAAGGCCAUCGCUGCGGCAAAGGAUUUGAAGUACGUCAAGGACAGGCAAAUGCAAGGCGACAACUUUGUGCACACGUGGAUGGCCGAGUACUGCCACUGCGAGAUGCUGGACGAGACGCUCAGCUGCAAAGGCAACAAUGUCCUGCCCAACGUGCUCAAAUACCUGGGCCAGUUCCGUGGCAUCGCGGGCACGCAGUACGUGUUGUGCCUUUGCGAUUACACGGUGCUGCCAGCGAAUGUAGAUUACGUGAGGGACUCCGUGGAGCUGCUGGCAAACUUGCUUGCCAGCAGCUCCAACAACGUGGGCCUCUUGCAGCUUCCGCUGCCGCAUCGCUCGAUGGCUUCGUCAACGAGCGUCAAGCACAGGCGGACCGUGGAGGACUUGUUGCUGAAGGCAAAGAUCAAUGCAGACUCCGUGACAGCCCUGCUUUUCGAGAAGCCUGCCGACGCAAGUGCAUCUGACAAGCGGUCCCUGACGCAAACCUGCUUGACCUGCCUCUUCAGUGGCUUCGAUGCAACAAGCUGGAGCGCUUCGCGAGUCUUGCAAGAGUGCCGAAUGGGACCCUUCCCGCUCCUGAAAGUCGCGGACUUCCUGGGCUACGAGACCUCGCGGAAGGGAGUGCCGCUGCAUGAGGGCAUCCUCGAUGCUUUCAUGGAUGGCAUGGGCUUCUCCGAAACGGACAGGCUGGUGAUCGUGGACCUCUGUCCCAACAGGCAAGCCGAGUUUGCCCGCGCGGCCGUGAACAAGAUGAUUGCGAGCGAAGGCAAGAGUUGCAUGCGCUACGUCGGCCUCUUCCGCCCGGAGCAUGCUGAUGUGAAAGCGGAGCUCAGCGGCAAGAUCUACUCCUGGUGGGAUAACAGCAGCGCCGCCCCUGCAAAGAGACGCGCUGGAGAUGAUGUCGAUUUGGAGGCGGCGACCGUGCAGCUGCAGAUCCUUUCCUUGCAGGGCUCCAAGCCCAUAUGGCCGUCUUCGCUUGAGGACAAGUUUCCGGGCGGUACCCCGGAGCAUGCAAAGCUCCUGGCAUUGCGCCAGGAGUUUUUGAAUGAGUUCCCGAAGCCGCGAGCUCUGAGCCAGAUGGGCCGACAGGCCUCUUCGGUCAGCCAGCAGACCCAGCGCCUGGCUGCGGAGUGCGACUACUCGCAGGAUGGAGAGCCGCUGGACGUUGAGCGGUGCGUGGACCUCGCAACGGUCCCCGUCGCAGAGCUGAAGGAGACCAUGCUUUCCAUGGUCACUGGGCGCCCCGGCAAGCCGAGCAUCAUGAUCACGGCCGAGUACGCCUUGUGGAUCGGCAACACCAGAAACGUGCUGGAGGAAAGCUCCGGGGUGCCAUGGCGAUUGGGCAGCGACAAGGAGCUCGUUGUCGUGAACAAGUCAGCAUUGCCACUAUGCGAAUUGCUGCGGCUGAAGGCCGCCCACGAUUGA